AUGGCGUCGCUCAGCCCUGAUGAACUGAGAACUGUUGUUUCCGCGCUGGCGCAGAAACUUGAUUCAUUGAACAUUGACUAUGCCAUUAUGGGGGGUGCUGCCACCUGUCUGUUGUAUCCCGACCCCACUCGCAGCACCGAAGACGUUGACUUGGUCAUUCAUGUUGAUCAAUGUAUGAUCACCACCGACUGUCUUACAACUCAGCUCCUCACAUCCUUCCCAACCGAUUUCGAAGGAUUAGUGGAACUAGAAGUAUUCGACUACCAAAGCUGGCCGCAACGUCCCCAGCAAAACAUUCAGACCGCCACACGGAAGACGUUGAAUAUCAAUGGUCGCGCAGUUAAAUUCUUUGGCGCUGAAUGGAUCCUGCGUGAAAAGAUUUUGUCUCAGUAUCAGCGCCAAGGUAGUCCAAAAGAAGGAACAGAUAUCUGGGAUAUCACUAAUAUGAUCCCUUUGGCAGUGCCAGGCAGACCAGAGCUCGACUUCAAUCAAAGCCAGGAGUUACAAACUGCGCUGGCAAAUCUUGUUCAAAAGAGGCCAGCCUUAGUCCAGUCUCUGAAGGCAAAGGUCAAAUACACCGCUGUAUUCCAAAACUAA